AUGACCAUUGAACGUGAGAAAGUGGAGAUAGAACGAAGUGCCGAUAUGCAAAAAGUGAAAGCUGCUUUCAAUCGGGAUAUAACCGCUGAUGAGGCACCGAAAGAUUGUGCAGUCUGCGGCAAAAACGUUUAUCCAGUGGAACGAGUGUUCGCCAAUAAGCAACUCUAUCACAAUCAAUGCUUCAAGUGUGCCAAAUGUGAAAAGAAAUUGACGUGA